AUGGGAGAUCAUUCUGACAAGCACUCUCCCGCAGCUCCCCUCGGUUACCUCGCACCUGUCUGCGCCGGUCUUCUCGUGAUCAGUGUUUGGUAUCGCCAUUUUCGUCGUGACCGACGGAAUGCUGGUUUCUUGGAUCUUGAAAGUGUUCCCUUUCGACGCGGAUCUACGGUUAUCUCAAGCGGCGAGGUCGACAAGCAAUUCCCGUUGAUGAAGUACAGCGACUGGUGGGCAGGUCGAAGUAGAAAGGAGAGUAUAGCGAAAGAGACUAUUGGAUCGCUUAGUUCGGCGUCAGAAGACCCCAAAAAUGGUCUGGAAGACAAGGAGAUAGCAAUUACCGUCCCUGAAGGCCAUGUCCAAAAGACAAACUCUGCUGAGAAUGCUCCAGACACUCAAAUAGACAAGGCACAGGAACGUGUUCGCGGCUCAGGGAAUGCUUGUGAGCACGACACUGAUGAUGCAGCCAGCGAGACGGGAUGCCUAUGUGCGAUUUGCAUGGAUUCUUUUGAAGGUGAAACAUAUAUUCGGCCUCUGACAUGCGGCCACAUUUUCCACUCUUCUUGCGUGGAUCCCUGGCUCACAAAGCGACGUGCAAGCUGUCCUUUGUGCAAUAAGAGCUUCGGUGAUCAUGAAGCAAGUAAUAGGGAGGAAACGGUUGCACAUAUAUUCCCCGUUCUUGCCGUGCCAAGGGCAGCAAUGCUUAGAAGUGACGUUUUUCCCAGGACAAUCUGA